AUGUUGAAGGGCUUGAGACUACAGACAUCCGCAAUUACAUCUCAUUUGGCGGCGGUCGAGAUCACUUAUAACACUCCCCACGAUGUCGUCGUCCAGUACGCACGUACCGUUGUAUUACUUCUAUUUGGGGGAUUGAUGUACCCAAAUUCCGCAGGUAACUAUGUCUCAUUACUAUAUCUUUCAAAAUUAGAAGAUAUAGAAACCGUGAGAAACUAUAGUUGGGGGAGUGCUGUGCUGGCAUUUUUAUAUCGCGAAUUAUGCAAUGCCGGCACAAAAGGCAAAGCGGCAAUUGGUGGAGCGCUGCAACUACAGAUUUGGGCAUGGUCACGGAUUACGCCAGUUUGUCCUGGACUUGGUGCCCAACGACUAUUUAUGGGCCAAGUCCAAAUGGACAACAAUCGCUGGCUCCCAGCAGCACCAUAUGGUGCUAUUUGGAAUUGUCAGCACACUUUCACCACUACAGUACGGGGAACUGUCCGAGUCAUACGAAAAAUAUUGGAUGAGAUGCAGGCGGAUCAGUUCAUAUGGCAGCCGUAUGACAUGUGA